CUUUCAGAUAAUCUGAAUGCCAACACCUGUGCCCAGCACUUCAGUGCCUAAAUAUGGAGGUCGCAAUCAGGAGUUGACCGCGGAUCAAGUUUUCCUUCUGUACCGAAAAGGAGUGACAGAGCAACGUAAAGGAAAUUUUUCUCUCGCUCUACAUUGUCUACAGCCACUUAUCCCAUUUUUCUGCAAUACGCCUUUGAUUUGGGUGCGAAUAAUCGAGAUCGGUAUUCGACUUCUGUACUACAGAGAUAAUGUCAACGAAGGAAGAAUAGUGGAGGUCUAUGGCUCUGGUCGGACGCGCAGAGCUGUCCUCGCACCGAAAGGUCACAGCGAUGGCCCUCGCCCUUCAGCGGCCUUUUAUGCGCAGAUAGCUGAUCAAGCAGGUAUUACGGAAGACUACUUGGAAAGUAUUGCUGGAGUACUAUUAUCCUUGACACAUAAAACAAAAAACCGACAGCUGCGGAUCACGAGCCUCUCCCUUGCUGCCUAUGUGGCCUUGAAAAUGAGACGGUACCAUUAUGCUGCGGAUCUAGCGCACAAAAUGAUUGAUGAAGAAGAAUCCGUAGGCAACUGUAGUAUGACUGCUUCCAUGUAUUUGAUGGAGUGUAUGGUAUCCACCGGUCCUUUCGAUAUUGCUCUCAAGGUGAUGAACGUAGAAUCUAACGAAAGUCAAGCAGGAGAGUGUGGCUCGUACCCGAUAUGGGCUGUCAUCAAUCGAUGUAUAGUUCUUUGUGCGAACAGGAAGUACUCCGAGGCUGAGGCACUAUAUAAAGAGAUACAAGAGUCAACUUCUGCGAACGAAUUAUAUAGAAGAACCGUUCUGGCCCUUGGAAUUUUUAUUUACUCGAAACUGAGUCGUGCGCAGGACGCAUUCCAAUUGAUCGAAGACUUGCGAAAAACACAAGAUGAUGAAGAUCGUCACGUAACUCGAGAGAGUGGGCGUCUGAACACAGCAGAGGACCCAAUGUUAGUUUUGGCACGGAUAGAGGCGGAAAGAGAGUUACCGAUUGUGUGACUUUUUUCUUUGUUAGAUUUAUGAUUUCACUGUUGACCGUUCUUUUUCUUUGCGGUUAGUAAUGGUUUAUCGAUAAUGUUAUGCUGUUCUGGAGAUUCUUUUUUAUAAUUUUCAUUCCUGUAGGUUGAUCUAUAAUGUUCAGCUCAGGUUUCAAAUGUGACCUCUUCGUAAGCUUUAAUAUGCGGGUUUGUCUCAUAUUCUUUCUUCACAUCCCCCACUUUGUUUUGUAGGUGUUUUUGUCAUGCUUUGUCGACGAUAAUUCUAUGUAUGUUGCAAUACAAGUUUUUACGCAA